AUGGGAUCCGCCCGGAGGGGAUCAACCACGGCAGCCGGCGGCCCCGCACCGCAGAGCGGCGCAGGCGUUUACUGCGGCACAGGUCUCCCUGCGCGAGGCACUUGCUGCCUUUGGGGUGCACGGGCGAGGGACUUUGGCUCGGGACCCGCGUGCGUGCGGCGCCCCGUGGAGCGGCAGAAGCAUCUUGUGGUGCGCGGCCGCGUGUGUUGCCCGCAAUGGGUUUGCUUGCGCAACGGCGGCGGCGGCGGCGGCGGCACUCUGGCGACGCGCUGCGGCGCCGUGUCGCGUGCUACAAAGAGCCCCACGCAUCUCAUCAUUCUCGGUCAUGCAAGCGGGCACGCACAUGCAUACCUGCAGCUCUCCGUGCGUGUGUCUGCGGAGCAGGGGCGGGCACCCUCGUCGUCCCCCCCGCGCCUCAACUUCUUUCCCCCGGUGUAG